UUCCGGCCGUUCGUCGAAACCAUCGCCACAGUCGUCUCUUCCGUCGCAGAAUUGAUCCGGCUCCAAACAUCUUCCGGACGGACACCAACGCUGUCCUGGGCGACAACUGAUCGGUUCGACGUAAAUGAUGGCGGUGCGCGAGUCGCCUCGGACGCCGGGGGGGGGUCGACAUCUGAAGAAAUUGCCAAAAGAACAUGA